CCCUGAACGGGCUCCUGAGACGCUGGAACACAAGGACUAGAGAAGUGGAAAGAUUCGCUGAGAGAAUCCGCAGCCCAAGCACAGGUGGCAUAGAGAUCCAGAGCCCUCCAGACUUCCUAGAGAGGCCCGGAAGUGGCUCCGGGAGGCCGGUUUCACCGCUCAGGCGUCCGUGCGGGGGCGGCGGGUCGCGCAGUAGGUUUGGACCGCCGCGCCUUGUGUAGUCUGCGUGUGUCGCCGCCGCCUGCCGCCGCAGUCCAGUUAUCUUUUGAUUACCACAAAUGGACUCCCAAAGCUGUCCAGAGGAAACUGUCCUCAUUACAGGAGGAGGUGGCUACUUUGGCUUCCGCCUCGGCUGUGCUCUGAGCCAGAAAGGAGUCCGUGUGAUUCUGUUUGACAUCAGCAGCCCUGCUCAGACCAUCCCGCAAGGCAUCAAGUUUGUACAUGGAGACAUCCGCCACCUUGCUGAUGUGGAAAAAGCCUUCCAGGAUGCGGACAUUGCGUGUGUGUUCCACAUUGCCUCCUACGGCAUGUCAGGGCGGGAGCAACUAAACCGAAACCUGAUUGAGGAAGUCAAUGUGGGUGGAACCGACAAUGUCCUGCAGGCCUGCUGGAGGAGAGGGGUUCCCAGACUGGUGUACACGAGCACAUUCAAUGUCAUCUUCGGAGGCCAAGUCAUCAGAAAUGGAGAUGAGUCCCUGCCUUACCUGCCGCUCCACCUGCACCCUGAUCACUACUCCCGGACCAAAUCUAUUGCAGAGAAGAAGGUGCUGGAGGCAAACGGUUCUUCCCUAGGGACGGGAGCUGAUGUCUUAAGAACCUGCGCUCUGAGGCCAGCUGGCAUCUAUGGGCCUGGAGAACAAAGGCAUCUUCCCAGGAUAGUGAGCUACAUCGAGCGGGGCCUGUUCAGGUUUGUGUAUGGCGACCCCAGCAGCCUGGUCGAGUUUGUCCACGUGGAUAACUUGGUACAGGCACACAUUCUGGCCUCAGAGGCCCUAAAGGCUGACAAGGGCCACAUUGCCUCCGGGCAGCCCUACUUCAUCUCAGAUGGCAGACCAGUGAACAACUUCGAGUUCUUCCGGCCUUUGGUUGAGGGCCUGGGCUACACAUUCCCAUCCACCCGCCUGCCACUCACUCUGGUCUACUGCUUCGCUUUCCUCACAGAGAUGUCCCACUUCAUCCUGGGCCGGCUCUACAACUUCCAGCCCUUCCUCACCCGCACCGAGGUUUAUAAAACUGGCGUCACACAUUACUUCAGCCUGGAGAAAGCUAAAAAAGAUCUUGGUUAUGAGGCUCAGCCAUUUGACCUGCAGGAAGUAGUAGACUGGUUUAAAGCCCAUGGUCACGGCCGAAGUCCUGGAAACGGACACUCAGAGUUUCUUCUUUGGGAGGGGCUGUUGGUCUUCCUCUUCGUUCUGUCAGUUUUCACCUGGCUCCCACCUACUGUGCUUCUGUCAGUGUGAAGGAAGAGUUAGAAAUAAGUUUCUGAUCUUACUCGCUGGAAUGAUUUUCAAGCGCAUAGGUUUUAAAAUACAUAUAUAUCUGGUGCUACCCUUUGGCUUUCCAAAUUACUCCCUAAGAAUAGGUUCUUCGAUUAAAUUUUUCUUCUCUUGUUUUUUCCCAGCUGAUCCUGUUGGGAAAAAGGGAGACACACAGAUAAGUUUGGAAGUUGGUUUCUCACGUCCUGAGAAACCAGGUGCCACAGAAGCCAUCUGGAGCGAUAGGGAAAGGCCCAGUUACGUAGGAAAUUGCUCAAACAUCUCAGAAUCCAAAAAUGCACGGACUUCUAUUUCACACACCCUACAUGUACAUAAACGGACAAACUAAGACUGAUGAUGGGAGCAGUGAAAGCCUAACAGGCUUGAAAAUGUGAAAAGCACCAAAUCAGGCCAGAUUCCUAACAGACCAACCCUCAGAAUGGAGGCUGCUGCAGGGAAGCAUGGUCGUGCACAGCAUAAGUUCUCAGAAUGAACUUGCUCCUCGUGGUAAAGGAAUCCACGUGACCACAUGUGAUACUGAUAAUUAAACAACUAGACCUUUCUCCUGCUUCAUAGGAUCAUUGUGAAGAUUACAUCAGGCAAAGCACACAAAGUGUUAAUUAGCACACCUAAGCCAUUGUUUUUAUUAGUAUUGUUAUACAUUCCUUAUGAGGGCUUCUUCCUCAGAGUAUUCUCCUUAGAGGAGCUGUUGCUACUAAACUUUCUGGAAUGUGCGGUUGUGCCCUCAGGGUCUGCCGUAAUAUGUGCUCCAUGUCCAUCACGUCUGGCCUCUGAAGACAGACUGAAGUUUAAAAACAUCUGAAAAUCCAAAGGACGGUGAUCAAAUGAAUGAUGCCGUGUUAGUGGAAAAGCAUAGCAUAGCUCGAACACAGUGGUUCUCUUGCCGGGGAGAAUUUUGGAUUUCUUUUUGUAGAGAAGGCAGCCUCCAGAGAGGAACAAGAGCAGCGUGUCCAGUCACCGUGAGGACUGACAUGGAAGCUUUUAAGUUACAUUGUUUCCUAGGAAUCAGAAUGGAAGGACCUCACGGUUUUUGCCCAGGCCAGGAAGGGCAGCAUUGAAACACGAUGGGAUGGAUUGCUGUGAAGAGCUGUGCUAGAGGUAUUCUGGGAGUAUUCAAAAAUACAAAUAGAUGAGCAGUCCCUGUUGAAUGCUGCCCAGAUGUUCUGGAAAGAACUCUGAACUUUCCCUCGAAGACCUACACUGUGAUUAUUUUGUGCAGCCUUAACCAAGUACCUGGGGCCUCUUUAAGAUUUUUUUUUUUCCUUCUCUGGCAGAUGGGAUUGACUGGAUUUCCCCUUUCCAUGAACUCGCUAAGCUCACAGGGUUUCUUGCGAGCAUAAAACAAGAUGUGUUGAAAGUGCUCUUACUAUAUAAAUUGCAAUGUUAAUAAGUAUGAGGUGGCAGUGGUUAUUGUUUUCAAGAAAA